AUGUCUGCAUCAGACUUUGCGCUUGCGCGGCGACAAGAGGUGCGGACGCUACUGAGCGCGCUGGUGGGCUCGCUGCUGCCGACGGCGGCGGUCGGCUCGACGAACCACAGCUUAGCGCUGGACUUUGCGCUCAACGGGGUCGACGACCAUCGGUUCGGCACGCCAUCACCGCCUGCUCUGCGCCGGACUAUGCGGCGGGUUCUGGAAAAGCUUCGCAUUCACUCGCUUCGAUCACGGGCAUAUCGGCUUGAUACUGCCUUUGCCGCCUAUCUGGACCUCCCCCUCGACGCCUCGUCCACGCCCGAGCUGCACUGGGCCGUUGUCGCCACCCUCCUCGCCCUCUCAGACUCGCCGUCAAACGCGCCGGCUGUCCCGUCGCAACGUCCACUGAGAGCAGACGCCUUUGAUCCGGAGCGCGGCGUUGAUGUCGACCCGUCGCAGCUCCCGGUCGACCCGACGUACGUCUCGUAUGGCCUUGUCGACUCGGACGACGAGCCGCUGGAUACGUGCGCGCUGGCGCUGCUGCCUCGCCCCGGGAGCGCCCUGGCCAUCUCGGACGACGACCUCUCCGAGUGGUCGGAUGACGAGCUCGACGAAGAUGCUGGCGGCGAUGGCAACGGCGUUGGCGGUCCGGGACCAAGCCUCCACGUUGUGGUUGGCGUUGACGGGCCAGGUAUCGAGCCGCGCCGCGAGACGGCGACAGCCUCGGCUGUGUUCAGUAGCUUAGAGCGACAGAGAGUGGCGGGAGCGGCGCGGGCACUGCCACGGGAGCUCACAGCACUGGCGUUUGUGAGCGGGCCGCAUAGCGAGGCCACCCGCCGCGAGGCUGAGGAUGGGCAGUACUGGCGGGGCGACCGAGUGCUGGACGCGUUGCCACACGAUUCUCUUGCCGCGCGGUAUGCGGCGUACUGCGCCGAGCGGGGCGGGUUUGAGUCAGGUGCGACACCAGCGUCGCGGAUGAAUCAGACCGACGUUGUGCGCGAAGUACUGUGGAUGCUGCAGGGCCACGCGACGCCGAUUUUCGCAGCAGUUCCUGUCGGCAAAGGCGGGAGCCCGCGUUUCGAGGUCGUGCCGGACGCGUGUGUGCCCGAGGUGACUCGCGGCGCGCUGCGGUCUGCACUUUACGACUUUGCGGAUGCCGGCAGCGGCGUGGCGCUGCUGCGUCUGGUUGCGUCACUGGCGUCACCGCCGCCGGGCUCGCUCUUUGGCGCCGUCUUUCAGGCCUUUGCCCACUACUGCGGCCAGUGGCUGAACACGAGGCUUGCGCCGCUGGUUGCAGAGCUCUCACAGGCUGCGCGGCGACGAGAGAGUGCACACGGCGACGCCGACGCAGUCACGCUUCUCGACGCUUACGUUGCGCUCCAGCCGAGUCUCCGGUCGGCGGAGACGCUUGCCGGGCUGGCGAUGACAGUGCUGCCACAAGGCUGGACAAGCCUGGUCUCGUCGACGCCUGACGCGCCGCUCGUCUUUGUCCUCGACGCAUCGGCAGUCGAUGGAUCGGCACCCAAGGCUUAUGUGGCGGCGAGCCUUCUCUCGGGUCUGUACCAGCAAGCGCGGCUUCGAAACGGGCCCGAGUCCGAGACGCUCGCGAGUGCGUUUUGGGCUGCGCUCCGGCCGUACAUGGGUUGGCUCAAUGGCGCACCGGAUCCGUGGGGCGAGUUCAUGCUUGUGGCACCAGUCGAGGGUGCGGCGUCGCGGGUUGCUGGUGAUGUUCCGGUCUCGGAAGCGCUCGCCGAGUGGGACGACUUGCUCCGUCCUCGCUCACCGGACGCCGUGCCUUCGUUCCUCACUCCGGUUGUCGACGUCAUCCGCGAUCUCGGCAGGGCGCAGGAGAUCGCACCGACGCUCGGCAUUGUGCUGCAGAGCAAGAGUGCAGGUGUGAUUGGUUCGGAGCAAGGAUGGCCGACAAGGGUUGCCGCCCGGUCAAAGGCAGACAGAGCUGCUUCUGAGGCUCUCGUUGCGCACCCGGAGCACUUUGUGCCGUCGGUCGGGAGCUCGGCACAUGUCGCGCUGCCUGUCCUCGUGCCACAGCCACUGAGGCUGGAAGAGCAGUGCGUGGACAAAGCUAAUGCUGAAGUCAUCGAGGGCGACUACGAUGUGCGGCGCGAGGUGGAGCGGUUGGUACUUGCGCCGCUGCGCGAGUCGCAGCUCCUCACCUGCACCCUCGUGAUGCGGCGGGCGCUGGAGGGAAGCAAUGGCAUUGUGGCAACCGUCGGUCUCCUCCGCGAGGCGCUCGACGAUGGGAGCGGCGUGCGGAGCGGGUGGGGAGUGCAGCUCGAGCUCAACCUGCAGCUUGCGGCUGCGGUGGGGAGCGAGGCGCUGAGCGUGCAGCUCGACGGCGAAGGCGGCGACGUGGUUGACCGAUUGCGGAUCGAGGCACAGGUGGCAUGGCCCGCGGCAGCGGUUGUGCGGAGCGAGCAUGUGGAUGCGUACAACGAGGUGCUGCGGUUCCUGCUCCGGAUUCGCGGUGCCAAGAGCGCGCUGGCGCGGAUGGUGGUCGAGUCGCGGGUGCGACGUAGCGAGAGCGGGAUCGGGACGCGUACGCAUGCGCUGCAGGUCUUCCGGGCGCGGCUGUACCACUUUGUCGUCAAUCUCGAGCAGUACAUGAUGACGCGCGUGGUCGAGUCUGCGUGGGGCACGCUCAUGAACGAGCUGAAGACGGCAGCGACGCUCGACGCGGCGCGGGCGGCGCACGCUGGGUAUCUCUCGGCAGUGGUGGAUCGUGCACUGCUUGGGCCCAAGGCGCGGGUUGUCCGCGAGGGCAUCGAGAAGGUGCUCAAGCUCGCGCUCGCCUUCCGGCAUGAGUUUGACGUCUACGUGGCGGCGGUCGAGAGCUUCCGGGUCCGCGACGAGAGCGCGUCCGAGGCGCGAAUGCAGGCCAUGGAGUCGGACUUUGACUCAUGGAUCAAGUUCCUCCUCGGAGUGGUGGCACGCAUCACCGGUGGGACCAGUGGCGGGAGCUCGUAUCCGCACCUACUGGACCUGCUCAUCCGACUCGACUUUAACUCGUACUACGGGGUGGCGCCGUAGCGGCCUCCUGUGCGACGCGAAC